GCAUUGAAUGUAUUAUGGGGUGCAUUUGAUGAGUUUAAGUGAAGAGAAAGAAGGUUAAAGACUUCCGCUAGUAAACCUGAAGAGUUGGUUGUUUGUAUUGGUACAAACUUAUAAGGCUGAAGUGCAAUUGGGCGAAGCUUUGUAGGUUACACUUUCGCAGAAAAUUGCUGGGCAUCUGAAGGUGUGACACACGGUCACUUCAAUUCACGAAACGAAAGAAGAACGAAGAAGGAAAAAGAGUAAGGAAAUCUCUCAAAUCUCUUUCGCUCGCUCGCUCUCGUCUCGCAUUUUAGAAAUCAGAAAUUCAGAAGCAGAAGAAGAAUUGUUCCUCUGUGCCAAAUUAGGUUUACAUAAACACUUCCUCUCUCGGUCUACCUUUUCUUGUUGAGGGUAAACUACCUUCAGUUACAGACUAUUCUAUUCCAUUGGAUAAAGGAAGCACCUUUAGUGUUUCUGAAAGAAAAGAAAGCACCUAUAUAUGGAAUUUGUCGAUUAUUCCAUUGAAGAAGGAUUGGAAGAAGAAGAUGAACAAUCUGUUUGUAGUUCCAUAGCGCGUGGUGGCCCUAUUUACGUUCCUGAUCUUACUAGUCCCCUCAUCAGAUUAGGUCGUUUUGAGGAUUUGGUUCUUGAAGAACUGCAGAGUUUAAAGGCAGAAUUAUGUGUAGAUUCAUUCCAUUUAUGUGAGGAAGAUCUAUCUGUUGAUGAGCUCAAAAUCUAUACAGAGGAAGAACUGGUAGAAAAAGCUUUACAAGAAGCAUUUCAGAACAAUGAUGAAAAUGAACCACAAGUUUUAGAAGAUCUCUCUAACAGAAUGAGCAAAGAUGACCUAGGAACCUCAUGUUGUGCUAUUGCUCAUUCAGAAAGCUCAGAAAAGAGAAUAAAUACAUCGCCAUCUUAUGAGUCACUAAACGGCUCUCUGGUUCAAGUCGGUGAUCCUGAUUCUUCUGGCAUAUUGGUUGAAAGCAACUCAAAGAUGAGCAGGAAAAGGGGGAGAAAAUUUGACAGGGAUUGCCGUGCUGCAGAACUGGAAAGUAGUUACACUGCAAAAGUGAAGCAGCUUGCAAACCUCAAGCAAAAGCAGGAUGAGGAUAAAUUGGCUGCUAGAUUACAUUCAUUCAAUGGGAGCUGCAAUGCUGGUGAUGGAGUAGUGCCUUCUUCAGAGAAUAUCGAGAGGAUGAGAACACUUAGGUUCAUCAAUUCUUCAACGAAAAUGAAAUCAUCAAAUACUCGUGAACACGUAGCUGUAUCUUCUCAGGAAGUGGUUCUUUGUGUUGAGAUAUAUCACAGUAUUAAAAAGACCAUAAAGACCCAGGAGUUCUUGGUGUUAGGGAAUCAAACUCUAGCAGAGCUGAGGGAUCAAAUUUUUUGCUCUACAGACCAGCUGAUGGAAAAAGAAAAGCAGUCUGAUCCUUCUGGAUAUUUUCUCAUCGAAGACGUAUUUUGCAAUGAUUUGAGAGAUCCAGAUGCCGUAGAUUAUAGCGAACCUAUAUUCGACUGGAUUAGGAACUCUAAGAAAGAAGCACUUGAGAAAUGGGACUGGAUCCUAUCUGGUCCUCUACAGCCAAAGGAAAAAGCGUUAUUUGGAGAUACGAAGACCUCUCACUUGCCUAACUUCAAAGCUGUCGACAUGCAUAAGGUCCGCUUCUGCGACCUGAGUUUUAGACUUGGAGCUGGGUAUAUAUAUUGCCACCAGGGAGAUUGCAAGCACUUCAUGGUAUUAAGGGACAUGAGGUUGAUCCAUCCAGAGGAUGAGCAGAACCGGGCAGCUUACCCAGUGCUUAUGUUCCAACUAAAAACCCGUUUCGAGAAGUGCUCUGUCUGCAGGAUCUACCGUGCUACAAAAGUAACAGUGGAGGACAAGUGGGCCCCAGAAAAUCCUAGUUAUUUCUGUGAUAACUGCUACCACCUUCUUCACUACAAUGAGGAUGGAUCCUUGUUAUACGAGGACUAUGCUGUAUAUGAUUAUCACCACGACUAAUCUAUACUGCAUUUUCAAUAGGGCAUGCAAGUACUUAUGUUAUACAUGUAGAAAUACCUUUUGGUCUUUAAUUAUCAUGGUGGAGUUGCCGCUAUCUAUGUA